AUGGAUAUUAAUUGCGGAAAUCACGAGGCGCGUAGACAACCUUCUUUCGCUGGUGCUUUCGGUUCCGCGAUGCCCCCGGGUCAAGGACAGGGCGUAGGACAUUUACAUUUGCCGAAACUUGCAAAUUUUUUCCGCGAAGAUCCUGAAUUAUGGUUUGCCCAAGCCGAAUUUAGUUUUAAAAAUUCACGUAUUUACAAUGAGCGAGCUAGAGCUAGCGCAGUUGUGUCGUCUUUGGAUUGCGAAGUUUUGCAGAUUAUCGGUGAUUUGAUAACUUCCGUUGAUUUAAUACCUAACCUUUAUACACGUAUUAGAGAGAUAAUUAUCGAGAAUUUUGCGAGUUCACUGGAGAGCGAGUUGCGUAGAGUUUUGCAGGGCGAAUCUUUGAAUGACGGAAAACCAUCUGCCUUUUUGAACAAAAUGCGACACCUUAGUCGAGGUCGGUGUAGCGACGAGGUUUUGAAAUCGAUAUUUUUGGAAAAUCUUCCACCGGGCUGUCGUUCAAUUCUGGCCGUGUCUGAUACUGCAGAUCUCACACGUUUAGCUACCAUCGCUGAUAGAAUUGUUGAAAAUAGUACCGUUUUAAAUCAAUCAGUCGCGUCAGUCUCUGAAAAUAAUUCAAACCAGCUUUCAUCGGAUAUUUUGGAUAAAAUGACUUCCCUUGUUUCGCGUUUGGAUGCUUUAUCUUUAGGAAAUCAAAAUGGAUGA